CAUUCCCCAUAGACCUUUUUUUUUUAUGGGAACGGCCACCAUUUUCGAAAUUUACCCACGCACUCACAAGUCACAAAUCUCCCUCUUCUUCGCCGUCUCUCUUUCUCUCUCUCGCUCACCUGUCUUCCCACGGAGCACCGAAAGUGGAACCAGACGAUGAGCGAACUUGGGGUGGAAGAUGAAGAGUGGGAAGUAGAUUUCCUCGAGGCGGUCAACCAGGCCGAAGAACUCGCCAAGGCUUGCUCCUCUUCCUCUUCUUCCAAAUCCAAACCCUCGUCUCCACCCCCCGCCACCGUCGCCUACUUGCCGCACCCACCUUCGCAGCUUCCGUCCUUCCACUAUCGCCAACCGACGCCUUCCCGUCCCGCCGCCGUGAAUUCUUCUAUCAGUUACUCGCCUCCGCGGGAGCUAACUCAAAGGCCCCUCAAUGGUGGAUCCUCUUUGCCCCGCUCUUCUCCCCCUUCCGUUUCUCCCCCGACCGAUGGGGCCAAAGACGAAGAAAUUCAGCGACUGAAGAAGGAGUUGGAACGGUGCUCUAAGCAAUUGGCUGUAGCGGAGCAUGAAUGCUCUGAACUAAAGAAGGAGAGGGUUAAGAAAGACGAGCAGCUUAAGUACUCACGUUCUAGUUUCGAUGUUAACUCUUCAAACGCUAGGAACUUUUGCAGGGAAAGGGAAGGGUUUGCUGGGAAUGAUGCUCAUGGAGCUUGUUUCAAGUCUGGAGAUGCUAAAGUUGUGGAGGACCGUCAUAGAGAUAGAUUGACUUCAUCCUCCAAGGCUGUUGGGAUUCAGACUGAUAUAGAUUGUGAUCCUGUAAGAGAAAAUGUAGGCAAUCGGGCAUCUUCUUGCUCUCCUUUUCCUGAGAACUUGCUUUCUGUGUGGGGAUCUACAAGCCGCCAACAGGCAGGGAGACAUCUAUUCUCUAAGUUACUGACGGCCUGUCCAGCAGAAUUUCGUGUUCUUUUUGGGAGCAUGAGCUUGAGUAUGUCCGCUGCAGUUCCAGCAAGUGCAUCUUCUGCUUCGGUUGUGAACCAUAUACACAUAUUUGAUACAUUCGAUGCCACGAGAGUAUCCGAUUUGUAUAAUGUCAUGAUAAAGAUCAGCAACGGGCUGCUGAAGAUGGAGGCUUUUUUUGGACCCUUGCUUGAUCUCUGUGGUGUUAAAAAUGUAGAAAUUUCACGUAGCUGUUUGUGCAUACUGCAUGUUCUUCUGAAGCAUCUUUUGAGUUUCGGAAGGGAAUCGGGAAGAAGGCUUGAUAAUUGCACUCUACUCAGGGACAAUGUCAAAGUUGAGGGACUUCACCAUGACAACAGCGGGAAGGAUACAACUUUGUUGAGUGUCAUUCAGGGGCACAAGGAGUCUUAUGAUGUCUCGAACACAUUUGGGAUUAGAAAUCGUGACCCCCAAAUUCUUAGUCAAGAUGGAUUUGCAGAUAGCAGCUUUGCAUCUCCUUUGGCAUGUGUAAACUGGCAUUUACUAUUCGAAAUGAUGCUACAAAUUUCCACGGAAGAUAUUGAAGUACGGGUGCGGGUUGAGGCAAUAUCUAUCAUGAACUUGGUUGUCAUGAGAAGUAAUGCAUCUGCGGAAAGGGAAAAGUUUGGCACUAAAAAGGUACUGGAAAGCAUAGCACGAUUUCUCAAAAAGGAAGCUGGCUUGUCCGUGCAAAAGGAAGCUGUUCGCCUGCUGUUUUUGCUCCUAAACUGUCCCAAGCUACUGGUCAGUUUCUGCUCUAGUUGCAAUCAGCAGAGUGCCAAUGCUGCAAAAGAUGUGGAGACUGUCUCUAAUGGCAAUGUAUGCAGUCUCAUCCUCAGCGGCUUGGCAGAAUGCAUUUCUUGCCGUGGCAAUAGUUUGCAGGACAUAGAACUUUGCAAAAGGGCUAUUUCUACACUGGCAUUCGUGGCUGCUUCUGAGAAGUCUGGUUAUGAAAUUCUUGUUGGUCGCCGACUAGUUGGAGGCGGGAAUUUUCUUAUGCUGAUCUUGCAAGAAUUGGCAUCCGAAACCAACUUCGAAGGGUCAUCAGUUUCAGUGGAACCUGUAGAAAAAGUUCGAGCAAGGACGAUGCUAAUUAGGGAGGCACUGAUACUACUUAAUAGACUCGUGUCCAACCCAGGUUCCUCGGCAAUAGUGCUGCGGGUGUUAACAGGUAGCAGAGACAUGGCGAGCUUGACGAUUGAGGUUGCAAGCAGGUUGUCUUCAAAAGAACAAACGCCAAUGCCAGGGUACUACUGCAGCAGACCAACGUGGCAACCGAUGGAGUCCGAAGUUAUGGAACUGGCUCAAAAAUUCAGGAGAAGAGUGUUUGCUUACUUAGGAUCCAUGGUUACUUGAAUUGGACCAUGCAAAGGUUUUUGAGCUUUCUGUUCUACAGCAGAAGAUUAUUCCGGCUGGGGCUUAAAUAACAAGCUUUCUUGCUUGUCUCUCCACAAUUUUGGCGGCUAUGGUGGAAAGAUCGAAAAGUUUCCAGAUUCCUUUUUGGGGGUGCUCGCCGGAGACUGACGUUUGUCCCUUUCAGAGGAUCUCAGCUUAGUCUGGUGCAAAGAGGCGGUCUUUCUCUUUCCCUGGUUCUCUGUUUACUGUUGUAUUAUGUAUCAUGUGAUUUUGGUAGGGAGAGAACCAAAAGGAAUGAGCCCCCUGUUUUUCCCGGUUAAGUGCAUGAGUUCAGUAUUAAGCUCUCCUGCUUAUAGUUCUUGAACGUAUGAACAUCUUCCAUGAAGACUCUCCUGCCAGCCCCAAUUGGAUGAAGAGAAAUUACAAGGGAAGCACCUGUGGUAGAAACUAGAAAGACACAUUGGAAACAGGUUAGCUCUAGAUUUUGGACGACUAACGUGUGGAUCCAGUUUUUGGAAGACAAGAGGUGUUGAUACUACCAUGGCACCAUUUUUUAAUCUUAUCUAAGGCGUGGAUCCUAUCCAAGCGUUUUUACAAUGCUGUGCUUUAAUGUAGAAACUUGAAAUUGUACUAUUAUUAUGCUAUAAAGUAUUGGCAC